CUUCUCUCCUCCCUCCGCACACAGAAACUUCACCCGUCAAGAAUGGCUUAACCGCCAACAAAAACGCCCUUUUCCCUCCUCACAGAGAAAUUUCACCCCGGAAGACUUUACUUAACCGCUAAGGUGGGGGCCCUUCGCUGCUCCUUACAGACAAGUACCAAAAGAUCCCGCGCACGAAGUUCAAAACCAGAUGACAAAUUCAUGGUGCCACAUGGCGAGGACACGUAAACAUGGAUUCCACUGUAGCUCAGAACUUUCGUAAUUACAUGGAAAAAGUUGAGGCUAGAUCUUGAAAUGCCCGGAAGAAGCAGUCUACAUGGCUCGCACUCGUGUCAGACGAAAAGUAGUGCGGAACUACGACGACGGAUAUUCAGUUUGAAUGAAUAGGUAAUGACAGUAUCUCCGACGGAGGCUACUGUAUCUUGUCGUAUAUUUUUAUUAAAUAAUUGGAUAACUUGGCACUAGGUGAAUAUGCGAAAUUUAAAAGAAAUUAAUUUCGCAGUGCCGUCGCUGUCCACGAUGGCGCUCCCAGUCCCGCUAUCAUUCUGCCUCCUCCUAUUAUUGUCCUGUAUAAUUGCUUCACAGCUCGGCUAGCUUCGUCUGCGAGCCAAAAAUAUGAUGUGAAAAAGUAUCUAGGUACAUUGCGGUAUAAGAGAAGAGGAAGAAGAGCAGAGAGGAGGGAGAAGUGAGGUUUGAGAGAUGAGCAAGCUGGUUGUAGAUGUGGUGGAGGCGAGCAAUCUGAUGCCCAAGGAUGGGCAGGGAUCCACCAGUGCGUUUGUGGAGGUGGACUACGAUUCGCAGAAGCAGCGUACACGCACCAGAGACAAAGACCUGAACCCCUCAUGGAACGAGAAGCUGGUAUUUUCUCUUGAUGACCCACUCUCACUCUCCAAUCGUACUGUUGAUGUUUUUGUUUAUAAUGAGAGGAAGGACAACCGACGGUCCAGGAAUUUCCUGGGCAGGGUGAGAAUUCAUGGCAGUAGCAUUGUGCGUCAAGGGGAGGAGAGCCUGCAGCGGUUCCCUCUGGAAAAGAGGAGUCUCUUCUCUCACAUAAAGGGGGAGAUUGCUCUUAAGGUGUAUUCUGUCAGUGAGGAAGAGAAGAAGAAGAAACCGGUUUCUGGGGAAAAGGAGGGUAAGGUUAAGGAGGUGGAGCAAAUUGAGGGUAAGGAUGAGAAGAAGAAGGUAUCUUCCGAGGAGAGUAAAUCUAAAUCCACACCCUCAUCAAAAUCUGAUGAGGGUAAGUCUAAGACACCCCAGACACCCAAACCCAAACCCAAUGUGGUUACUUCUACCACUACCACUACCACUACGACUGUGCAACACCUGCAGAAGCAGGGGAAGUCAGGGGAGGAGAAGAAAGUGGAGGUUGCGAGGCCUGUGAUGAUGCACAUGACUCACAAUCAGCCAGUAGAUUAUGCAUUGAAGGAGACCAGACCACAAUUGGGGGUUGGUAGUGGAGGAGGAUUUCUGAUGAGGGAAAAGGCUGGCAGCACUUAUGAUCUGGUGGAGCACAUGCAAUACCUGUAUGUUCGUGUUGUCAAGGCCCGUGAUCUUCCUGCCAAGGACAUCAGUGGGAGUUGCGAUCCCUAUGUUGAAGUUAAGGUGGGGAAUUACAAAGGGACUACCAAGCACUUUGAGAAGAAGUUGAAUCCAGAGUGGAAUCAAGUGUUUGCCUUCUCCAAGGAACGCAUCCAGAGUUCCUUCUUGGAGGCUGUGGUGAAGGAUAAGGAUCUUGUCAAAGAUGAUUUUAUUGGGAGGGUGGAGUUUGAUCUGCUUGAACUGCCUACAAGGGUUCCGCCUGAUAGUCCCCUUGCACCACAGUGGUAUAAGUUGGAGGACAAGAAGGGAGAGAGGAAGGUUAAGGGUGAAUUGAUGUUGGCAGUAUGGAUUGGCACACAGGCAGAUGAGGCAUUCUCCGAAGCAUGGCAUUCGGAUGCUGCUGCAGUGAAUUUGGAGGGAUUGACAAAUACUCGUUCCAAGGUUUAUCUUUCACCCAAAUUGUGGUAUGUCAGGGUAAAUGUGAUUGAAGCUCAAGAUUUGAUGCCUAGUGAUAGGAGUAGAUUUCCUGAUGCUCAGGUUAAGGUUCAGCUUGGGAAUCAAAUGUUAAAAACAAAGCCAGUAUCAAAUAGGGCUCUGAGCCCUCUCUGGAAUGAGGAUUUAGUGUUUGUGGCAGCAGAUCCUUUUGAGGAUCAUUUAAUUCUCACAGUCGAGGAACGGUUGGCUCCUAACAAAGAUGAGAUAUUGGGGAAGACCAUAAUUCCUCUGUCUUCUGUGACAAGGAGACUGGAUCACAAGCCUGUCACUUCUAGGUGGUAUAACCUUGAAAAACAUAGUGCAGCUGAAGGGGAAAAGAAGAAAGAAGUUAAAUUUGCCAGCAGGAUUCAUCUGAGAGUGUGUUUGGAUGGGGGUUACCAUGUCCUUGAUGAGUCUACUCAUUACAGUAGUGAUCUGAGGCCAACUGCCAAGCUACUAUGGAAAUCUUCUAUUGGCGUGUUGGAGGUUGGGAUCCUAAGUGCUCAUAACUUUCUUCCUAUGAAGACCAAAGAUGGGAGAGGGACAACAGAUGCCUACUGUGUUGCAAAAUAUGGGCAGAAGUGGAUUAGGACAAGGACAGUAAUUGAUAGCUUAAAUCCAAGGUGGAAUGAGCAGUAUACCUGGGAAGUUUUCGACCCCUGCACGGUUAUCACUGUGGGAGUUUUUGAUAAUUGCCACCUUCAAGGAGGGGCUAGUGACAAGGCAUCAGCAUCUAAAGAUUCAAGGAUUGGUAAGGUACGUAUACGCCUGUCGACUCUUGAGAUGGACCGUGUGUACACCCAUUCUUAUCCCUUGUUGGUGCUGCACCCUUCAGGAGUUAAAAAGAUGGGUGAAAUCCAGUUGGCUGUUCGCUUCUCAUGCUCAUCUUUAAUUAACAUGAUGCAUAUCUAUACACAGCCUUUGCUACCCAAGAUGCACUAUUUACAUCCUCUAUCAGUCAAUCAGCUUGAGACCCUUAGACACCAUGCCAUGCAAAUAGUGGCACUGCGGCUCAGCCGGGCUGAGCCUCCUCUGAGGAAAGAAGUUGUGGAGUACAUGCUUGAUGUGGACUCUCACAUUUGGAGCAUGCGCCGCAGUAAAGCUAACUUUUUCCGCAUCAUGAAUGUGUUGUCUGGCUUGGUAGCAGUAGGGAACUGGUUUAGAGAUAUAUGCAUGUGGAAGAAUCCUGUCACUACCAUCCUAGUGCAUAUCCUGUAUCUCAUUCUAAUCUGGUAUCCAGAGUUGAUACUUCCAACUAUCUUUCUAUACAUGUUCUUGAUUGGCAUAUGGCAUUUCCGCUUCCGCCCCCGACAUCCCCCCCACAUGGACACACGGAUUUCUCAUGCAGACGCUGUUCACCAGGAUGAGCUUGAUGAAGAAUUUGAUACAUUUCCUACUUCAAAAAGCUCUGAUGUUGUGAGGAUGAGAUAUGAUCGAUUGAGGAGUGUUGCUGGGAGGCUGCAGACCGUGGUGGGGGACAUUGCUACUCAGGGAGAAAGGUUUCAAGCACUCUUAAGCUGGAGAGAUCCCCGAGCUACUGCUAUAUUUGUUCUUUUCUGUUUAUUUGCUGCCAUAGUUCUGUAUGUCACACCCUUCCAGGUGAUUGCAGUACUUUUUGGCAUCUACGUUCUACGUCAUCCAAGAUUUCGGCACAGGCUCCCUUCUGUUCCUCUCAAUUUUUUCAGGAGACUACCCGCUCGCUCUGAUAGUAUGCUGUAAGCAGCUUGGCUUGAAGUGACAGGAGCUGUUAUGUGAUUUAGUGUUAGUUCUGCUGCCUCCAGAACAAACUUAUUUUCUUUGCUUGCAACAAUUUGUAGUUUUCUCCAAUAUAGCAGCACGUCACUUUAAAAGAUGUGUACUCUUAUGGGUGGAGUGACAGUUCUUGGACUCAGCUACAAGCUGACAUGCAUAAUAAUAAAUUUGAAAUUUCCCUUUCUUGUUCACCAUGUAAUUAAAGCCAUCUAAUUGUAUAAGGUUUCCUAUAUGUAAUUGACUUUGUUAAUUAUGUUUUUGUUUUCGAAA